UCGUUUUGGAAUCGCGGUGCAGCGUGGUUUUCAUUGACAUGGGAUAUACAUUAGACUUCUAGCAAGAUAGAGUCAUUUAUUGGUAAAAAGGUUUAAGACCUCCAUUUAAUGAUCAAAUGACCUGCAGAAUGGCAGCAGGCAAGCAAAAGAAACGAAUAAUAAGUUCCACUAACUCAGAUCAACACAGAACAGGGAAGAAAUCGAAGGUUCAGUCAUCCAAUUAUGUGAUAAGUUUGAAGUCUCAGAUUGCUCUUAAAUGGGAUGACCAUCAAAAGAGAGUGGUUCCCCAAAAGGAACAAGUUGGGAUUUUGUGGUCAGACUUGUCACCGUUCAUAGAUUCCAGACAGAAGCAUUAUUCAGGGUUGGCUGAUGUUACAUAUAUUCCCCCAGAGGCUUUUUCCUUGGAGAACUUGAGAAGAGUGCUGUCCUAUGAGGUUUGGAAUACAUGUCUAACAGAAGCCGAGAGAAAGUUUCUCAUGCAGUUUCUUCCUACUGAGACUGAUGCAGAAGAAAAUGUUCAUUUGUUGCUUACAGGCCAAAAUUAUCACUUCGGAAAUCCUUCUCUCAGCUGGUCAUCCUCUCUUUGCUAUGGUGAUAUUCAUCCAGAUGCUAUACUUAAUAAGGAGAAGCAAAUUAGAGUUGACGAGAAUGCGUAUCGUAUUAAUCUGAAUAAUUACCAUUCCAACAUGGUUGAAUCCUUGAAGAAAUGGAAAAAGAGAUGGCUAAAUGCUGAUGAUCCAGAAAUAAUAUUCAGGGAUAACCUUGCUAAACACAAGCAAGGAGAUAUGCGACCAAAAGUUACUAGUAGUGAAGUGCCCUUGAAGGUUGCACAGAGUAGUGAUGUUUCAAAGUUUAUGUCAUAUAUCGAGGUCAGCAGAACACAGCACAACCUUGUUAAGAGCAUGAAGCAGUCUGGUGAUGGCAUUAAGACCAAACAUCUUACUCGUGUAAUUGGUAAUCUUGAUAAAUUCCAUGUAAAACCAUAUGGAACAUUAAUAGACGAUGAACAGAGGAGACUGCGUGAACAUUGGUUGAAGAUAUCCUGCAAUGAUCUACCUGCAGCUUUUGAGGUCCUUAAGGGCAGGAAGGUGACAACAGAGAAACUGAGAAAUUUACUUGGUCUUGAGCUACUCGAAAAGAAUGUAUCUAUCGUGAGAAAGGUUCGCUGUGACUAAUCCUUUC